GUGUUUCACCUGGGCAUUUUGCUGUCCCUGCCUCAUGACUCAGACCUGCGUCGGCAGACGCUGCGGCAGCGGACGGCGUCGACUCAGGGUGGCAGGCUGGAGCUGGAGACUGGUUGCCUGCUCCCGUGCAUGAGUGACCAGGCUUGCCCCCAGCGCUGAGCAGCCGGAGGUGCCGGGAGCCGGGCCAGGAUGCCGAUCCCUCCGCCCCCGCCGCCACCGCCUGGCCCCCCGCCGCCUCCCACCUUCAGUCAGGCGAACACAGAGCCUCCGAAACUGAGCCGAGAGGAGCAGCGGGGCCGGGGGGCCCUCCUGCAGGACAUCUGUAAAGGGACCAAGCUAAAGAAGGUGACACAGAUCAACGACCGGAGCGCGCCGAUCCUAGAGAAGCCCAAGGGCAGCAGUGGCGGCAGCUACGGCUCUAGCUCGGCUGCGAUCCAGCCGAAGGGCGGCCUCUUCCAAGGCGGGGUGCCCAAGCUCAGACCGGUGGGGGCGAAGGACAGCUCAGCAAGCCCGAGAGCAAAUAGCAGUGGGCCGACCCAGCCCAGCACGGGGUUUCUUGGCAGCCAGGCAGGAGAUAAAACUGCCAACGCCGAGCGCAGAGAGGAGACAAGUCUGCGCAAAGCCCCGUCGCUAAAUCUGGGUUUUAAAAAACCCGACGGGGUAAAACUCAACGUGGCGGAGGCUGAACAGGGGCCUGCACGGGCGUAA